AUGGUCGCCGCCACCUUGGUCUCCGCCUCGCCGCUUCAUCUCGCCAAGCGUCAAUACCCAGCCGUCGGUGCAUGCUCGGGCAAGUGCCAGGGCGACGUCCACGAUCCCGCAGUCAUCUACCGCGAAGACACCAAAACAUACUACCGCUUCGUCACCAACAACAAGAUAUCAAUCGCCACAGCACCUAGUAUCGCCGGACCUUGGACCGACAGAGGCGCUGCGCUGCCCGCCGGCUCCAUCAUCAACCUGCCAGGGAGAGACGAUCUCUGGGCACCGGAUAUCGCUCACAUCGGUGACCAGUACCUGCUUUUCUACGCUGUCUCCCAAGUCGGAUCUCAGAACUCGGACAUUGGUGUUGCCACUUCCAAGACUAUGGACCCUGGUUCGUGGACCGAUCAUGGCAGCAUCGGCAUUCCCGCAGACAGGAGAUGGAACAAGAUUGAUGGCAACUUGUUUGGUUUCGAUCCGAAGAAUCUCGUUUUGAACUACGGCUCUUUCUGGACCGACAUCUGGCAAGUGCCUAUGUCGGCUGAUGGCCUCAGGACGAUUGGUGCACCUGUCCACGUCGCAAUGACCAACGAGCCUCGACCCAAUGGCAUGACGCCUGGUGACAUGGAGGGCGCUUAUGCAUUCAAGUGGGGCAGCUUCACAUAUCUCUUCUUCUCCGGAGGAAAUUGCUGCAACCAGGCCUGGGAUCCAAACGGACAGCUAGCUCCCAAAGGCGAGGAGUAUCACGUGAAAGUAUGUCGCUCGACACAGCAGAGUGGCGGCUUUGUUGAUCAGGAAGGUCGGAGCUGCUUGACCGACAACGGAGGAACGAUGGUGCUGGCCUCGCAUGACAACGUGUACGCUCCCGGUGGGCAAGGCGUCAUGUACGACCCCAACCUGAAGAGUGUGGUAAUGUACUACCACUACGUACAGCCAAGCCAGGGUUAUGCAUAUGACAGAUUCUUCUUUGGUUGGAGCAAGCUGGACUUCUCCAGUGGGUGGCCUGUUGUGGUUGGAUAG